AUGGUGAGGAGGACGAUGGUGCUGAGUACCGAGUGGGCGCAGGUGGAAGUCGUCGAACUCACGAACGACGGCAAUGGACUCGGGUUUAACUUGGUUGGCGGGCGGAGCACAGGGGUAGUGAUCAAAUACGUGCUGCCGGGAGGCAUAGCGGAUAAAGACGGGCGCUUGCAGAGCGGCGACCACGUACUUCAAGUUGGAUCAGUAAAUUUACGCGGUUUCACAUCAGAACAAGUUGCCGCCGUAUUGCGUCAGGCAGGCCCGUCCGUCCGUCUCUUGGUAGCACGGCCGGCCGACCCAGCUGCAGCGCUUCGAGCUCCUAUUCCAGGCACUGCGCUCGUGCCCACUAAACUUCUCGCGGACCCUGAACUCCUUGACCGGCACCUCAUCGAAAGUGGUUAUGGAGCAGUUUACGACCUAUCCCAAAGCUACACAGAUUAUAUCAACGGGCAAAAUGGCAAUGUAGGAUCAUUAAUAGAGGUAGCUGCAGCUAUUAGUAUAAUUGGUGACAAUCCUCAACAAAUACCAGAUCAUGCAGUGAUAGCUCCAUCUGUGUCCCCUACCAUAACAAUUACUGUGCCAGUGGAGUUACCACCUUUGCCUGAAGUCGAGAUUAUUCAUGUAGACUUGAAUAAAAAUGUCUAUGGCUUAGGUAUUACUGUGGCUGGUUAUGUCUGUGAAAAAGAGGAAUUAUCAGGUAUAUUCGUUAAAAGUAUAAUUGAAGGUAGCAGUGCUGAGCAGAGUGGAAAGAUUAAGUUAAAUGAUAGAAUCAUUGAAGUUGAUGGAGUGUCACUGGCAGAUAAAAGUAAUCCUCAAGCUGUUGAAAUACUAAGAAACACAGGAAUAUCAGUUCAUUUAGUUUUAGAGAGAUAUUUAAGAGGUCCAAAGUUUGAACAUUUACAACUGGCUAUAUUCAAUGAUGAAAGGCCAAAUUCUCCUUCGCCGUCAACCACAACUCUCUCUUGGUUCCCUGUACCAUCGCAAGCUGAAAACAGUACAACAAUAAUUGAACCAGAUCCUGAAUCGAACACAACAAUAGAUUCCAGUGUGCUAGAAGUAGGAGAUACUGAAGUCAAUGAACCAACACAAGAGGAACUAGAUAAAAGAUUUGAUGCAAUCUUAGCUAUAGAUGAGGAGGAAGUAAAACAGAAAUGGCAAGAGGAAAUUGGACCUGAUAAGCAAAUAAUAAUAGCUGAAAUACAUAAACUAUCAGGUUUGGGUAUCAGCCUUGAAGGAACUGUGGAUGUUGAAGGUGGUCAAGAAGUGAGACCACAUCAUUACAUUAGAUCUGUUCUUCCAGAAGGUCCAGUUGGACAACAAGGCACAUUGAAUGCUGGUGAUGAACUGCUAGAAGCAAAUGAAUAUAGACUCCAUGGCUUAACUCAUACUGAGGUGGUUAAUAUAUUGAAGCAGCUACCAAACAGAGUCAGAUUAGUCUGUGCGAGAAGCAACACUGAUAGUGGACCUAGACCAGUAAUCAAUCUAGCACAGGAUAGAGAAGGAUUUGAAGCUAGGAAAAUAAUUUCAGGUAGCCUCAAUAACUUAACUACACUAGUAAAAGCCCAGUCUGAUACGUCAAUCAACACAUCAAGCACAGCAACCCUUACAAACCAUUCUGAAAUAUCCAAAAAGUCCCGUUCACUCGAGUGUGUGUCAGGCUUAGCUAUGUGGCAGAGCAAAGAAGAUAUAGUUGAGUUGUUAAAAGGGGACCAAGGACUUGGAUUUUCUAUACUAGAUUAUCAAGACCCUAUUGACCCUCAGGGUACUGUAAUUGUUGUGAGAAGUUUGGUGCCGGGUGGUGUUGCCGAGAAGAAUGGAGAAAUAUCCCCAGGUGAUCGUGUUAUGUCAGUAAAUGGGGCGAGUAUAAAAAAUGCAACAUUAGAUCAAGCCGUGCAAGCUUUGAAAGGUGCUCCGAGAGGGAUUGUCAGGGUUGGUAUAGCGAGACCAUUGCCUCCAAAUGACGCCUCAAAAUCAAAAAGCACAACUACUCUCAACAAAUCAAGUUAA